AUGUCUGUCAACAAUGAUAAUGCUGCAGAGCCUGGAAGCAAUACUAGUAAGCUCCCCGGUACACCACAUGGACCUGGAAAACAAAAAUCACUGGAGACAGAAGAGUAUGGGACUUACAUGGAUGAAUUUGAAGUUUCAAGUACAGCAUUUCCUCCUCAACAAGGUCAUAAACGAGCCCACAAUCUUGCCCCAAGUGACAUAGCCUGGUGA